UGUUAUAAAGCAUUGUCUAGGUUUCAAAUGUUCAUGACAAUGAAUGAUCUUUGCCAUAAUUCGUCUGUGUCUGUUUAGUAAUAUUCCAUAGCUUUAUACUUUCGGAGAUGCUUAUUUUAGAACUUCUAGAACAAUACAUGCCCUCCAGUCCCAAUACUAUCAAAGAGUGAGUGAUGCUUAUUCCUGGAAUGGGAACUUUGUUCUAUGCCACGGGUCCGGACAAGGACUCGAAAUGAACAUGGUUAGAAGAAGCAACGGCAUUCGCUUCCAUCAUAUUAAUAAUGAAUACAGCGAAGUAUUGAAUGUUGAUGGUUCUACGUAUUAUUGGCGCCGGAAACGGAAACUUAAUCCCAGCCCAAUUCUCAGUCUUCUCAGUGUCCCUCGCAUAUCACCCCGCAUUCUUCACACUCCUGUUAAGACUCCAUUGAGCAGAGAUGUAUGUCAGCGAUCUAUUCGUAUACCCCAUCAAGUCGCUUCGGCCGACCAAGCUCCAGGAAGCCACCUUCACCCGCCAUGGCAUUUUAUACGAUCGAUGUUUCAUGCUAUGCAAAAUCAUAGAGGACAGCGCGGGGAACCAAGAGCUGAAGAAUAUGCAUGUACCACACUUCCCCGCCAUGUCACUUUUCUUAACCGACCUGAUCUUGCCCGACCAUGGCGAAGCGGACGACGGAGGGAGGAUAAUCGUGACUUACCAACAGCCACCCGUGUCAGAGAACAACGCUACAAAAACACUACAUGUCCCAUUGCAGCCCGAGUGGGAUGAUAUGGAGGAGACUCCUAUCAUGAUGCACCAAAGCUCCAUGGUAGGGUAUAAGAUGGGAAGGAAAUACAGCGACUGGUUCUCUGACCGUUUCGGGUUCCCGGUGAUACUAGUCUACACAGGUCCUAAUAGGAGACAGGUCCUCGGCUCAAUGAAUCCUAACGUUCGCCGGCGAAUGGAACAGGGCUGGCUCUCGAGCCUUGCAGACUAUGUCCCCUCCUUCGGCCGAAAAGAGGAUGAUGGGAUUCUUACUUUUGCGGAUUGUGCAGCUUACAUGGUUGUGAAUGAUACGUCAGUCAAGCAGGUAUCGAGUCGGUUCAAGGAUGGGGUUGAAGUCGAUGUCACCAAGUUUCGCCCGAACGUUGUUGUUGGGGGUGCCGAGAGUGCAUGGGAGGAGGACUACUGGGAAGAGCUGGCUAUUGGAGGCACUGACCGCGUGCAGCUGGCGUUGACUUCCAACUGCGUCAGAUGCCGUUCCUUGGAUGUGGACUAUCAGACGGGAGGAUUUCACAAGACAGACGACGGGCUAGUAUUCAAGAAGUUGACCAAGGACCGGCGUGUCGAUAGUGGCGCCAAAUAUAGUCCUGUAUUUGGCCGGUAUGGCUUCCUCAAGGGCGACGAGGCGACGGUCAUUCGCGUUGGAGAUCCCGUCGCCGUGUCGAAGAAGGCUACUGCGCGGACGACGUUUGAUUGGCCCGGUCUGUCAUAAGAUGUGAAUAUGGAUAUGGAUAUGGAUAUGGAUAUGGAUAUGGAUAUGGAUAUGGAU